GCGUGUUCUGCAUGCACAACACCGUGAACCGAACCGUGUGUUUUUUUGUUGUAUUAUCUCCUGGGAGCAAAGAAUUAUCCAGUGUAUUGGGGGUUCUUUUGCGCUGUUGCUUCCUGGAGAGGUUCUUGCCUUCAGCAGACUCGUUGUUCAGCCGCAAGCUGUGCUGAUACGGCGGUGUACGGAGCCAGCUUGCAGCAGCUGGAAAGCUGGAGUGCGAGGAAGACUGUGUGUGUUACUCACUGCACUGAGUGUGCUUUUGCUAGUUCGCAAUUUCGCUAAAACGUGGUUUUCGCGGCCGUCACGACGCGUCUUCGCGGAAUCGCGCUUCCAUAUGUUGGCCAGUUCACAACAGUCCAAGUGGUCGACACGCUUCCCGGGAUGAUGCUCAAGGAUGUCUCGGUCAUCGCCUGCUAGAGUUGCUGCAGGACAACCUUGAGAAGCGUUCCCGGGGCCUACUACUGUGCUGUCUGUGUCUCGGUCUGUGUUUCUGUGUGCUUGUGCACGACGGUGUACGUGCCGUGGACGGACUACUUGUGCAGCGGAUACAAAGCGCCAGCGUUCUUCCUUGUGACGUCUUCGCGCCGAAGAAGAAAGGAAAACCGUAUCGCUCUCGAUCAGCUAGUAGACGGAUUCUGCGGUGUUCUGCUGAUCGCACACACACGCGUCACGCGUUCGACAGUGAGAUUCUUUCCAAACAUUUUCGUAUCAAGUCGUUCGUCUCCAGACCAAUUCAUCAUUCGGCGUUCCUUUCGGUAGCCUGUUUUGCUCUCUUCAAGUUGCAUUUUUAUGUUCCUUUUCCCCUGCUCUUUGGACAUCCCUUCGCGCGUUCAACACAUCCUGUCUGUCCCACCCUGCUUCAAGAUGUUUUCUUGAGUUUUCCCUUUUAACGAACCUUUUUUAGUACGAACGUGUAUUUGUGCGUGUACGUGUGUGUGUGUGCGGUGCGUCCAAACAAAGAACAACACGCACACACUGUGUGUAUAUCGGCGACUCUAUGGAAGAACGCGCGCGCGAUUCUGCGUUGGCUAGUUGGGACUAACCGUCGAAAAGUUUGUGGCAAACCGUUCAAGACCAUACGCGCGCGGAGUCGUAAAACGAAACGAAAGUAUGCUGGAAGCAUAAACAUAAGCGUGUGUGCUGGGAACGCGAAGAAGCGUAUUUUUAGUGGUGAAACGAAGAAGUUGGUGGCCCCCCAACCAGGAAUCGUGCAAGCGGGAUGAUGAUCGAGGCUGGGAAAUUCUGAGUGUUAACUCGUGUGGGUUCUUCUCCUUUUUCAGCUUAAAACGUGAAACGACAAGAAAAUUUGCAAAAAAAAAUACAAAAAAGGAAAAAAUUGAAUUCUACAGUUGUUGAAAGUUUGUUGUCUGUGUAAACCGAAAAAAGAGAUGUUAACGUGAAGCAAUGAGGAUCGAGUGAAGCACAAAGUGAAGAAGUGUUUGAAAAGAGUUACGGCAAGAGAGAAAAAAAAACUACAAAAAGGGCGAUCCUAUUGAUGCGCGUGCAGUAAAAUGGCCUCAUCUCCCACGCCAUCGCUAGAAUCGUUACCCGGUGCGUCAAACUCGAUCGGAUCGUACGGUGAACCAGCGGAUUACCUGUCGGACUCCCCGUUGACUACGCUCAGCGGUUCCGGAACCGGUUCCUCGCCCCCGGCCAGUGAUUCCGCGAUCUGCGACGACUACGUGACUGCGUCGAGCCUCGAGUCGGCCCAGUCGAACAGCUCGGAGUCGCUGUUCCCGCGCUGUACCGGCUGCAAGAGCAAGCAGUCGGAUGCGGUGGCCAAGUGUAUCGACUGUGUGAACUUCCUGUGUGCCAACUGCGUUACGGCGCACCAGUUUAUGCACUGCUUUGACGGACAUUCGGUGUUUCGUAUUGGGAAUUCGUCGGGCUCGAGCACGGGGUCAACGACCUGUACAACGACUACGCUGGCCAACGGCGGUGGACUGGGUGGGUUAGACGGAAGCCUGCUGGCGAACAACAUUCUGAACAGCAGCAAGAUGAUGAACGGCUUCGAGCCACACCGGUUGACCUCGCUGAACCUGACCAUCAAGGACGACACCAGCAGUCUGGUGAAAUCGAUCAUGAACAAUGUGAUAACGCCACCGACCUCGAACGGGACGGGCGGAGCCAUCACCACCGUGAACCAGCUCAACAGCCAGCUGUCGGCGCUGAACGUGCACGGUGUCGGUGAGAUGAACGGCCAGAACAAACCCAACUACUUCUGCAAGCGACACACCAACGAACUGCUAAAGUUCUUCUGCCGGACGUGCAGCGUCCCGGUGUGCAAGGACUGCAUGCUGAUGGAGCACCCGAACGGAGUGCACGAGUGCGAACACAACCCCGAUACGACGCCCAAACAGAUCGAAAGUCUGCUCCACACCGUGAGUGAAGUGCGCGCCAAGGCCACCGAGCUCCGCACCCUCAUCAAGAACGUCGAACACAACACGCAGCGAAUCCAGGUGCAAUACCACAAGGCCCAGAACGAAAUCACCGACACGCAUCAGUUCUACCGCUCGAUGCUGGACGAGCGCAAGGCGGAACUGCUCAAGGAGCUCGAGAGCUUCUACAACACCAAGAACAUGUCCCAGUCGGUGCUGCUGACCAAGAGCCAGGAUCAGGUCGACAAGGUGCUGCAGAGCUGCGAGUUCGUCGAGCGUCUCAGCAAGUGCGCCGGCCUCGCCGAAACGAUCAUGCUGCGGAAGUUCAUGGAGAACAAGCUGCUGCUGUUCCCGGCGAUCACGCAAGAUCUGCAGUCCCAGUACGAGCUGGACUUUGUGUCCAACUACCAGGCAAUCCAGGUAGGCGUCCGGAACACGUUCGGCUACAUCCGGUCGACCUCGGACGUGACCUCGACCACGAAGCAACCACCGAUCGCACGACCAACAUCCACCAACCAGCAAAAUGGUGGUGUAAUUGGCUCCAACAACCUCAUCAUGACCAACGGAAACAGCCCGUCCAGCAGCACCGGAAGCCUGAACUUGAUCCAGCAGAACCCAAUCCACCACGGAGGCAACGGCCACCUCAUUGACCGGCCCUACUCGAACGGAAACUCCGGCAACAACGGCAUGAGCAUGUCCACCUCCCCCUCCCAGACCAACGGCAUGGGCGGUGGCCUCUCAGCGUUCGACUCGAACAUCAUCUCGAAGCGCUUCAACAGCGCCAACAGCCUGGGACCGUACGUGGGCGAAGUGCAACCGCUGCAGCAGCUCAACCCGUACGAAAAGUGGAGCAACGGCGGAGGCAACGACAUCUUCAACAACAUCAACGACCAGUACACCAUUCCGCUGAAUCACAUCCCCGCGCAGGAGUCGAUGAUCGAUCUCAGCUCGAAACUGAUGAACACCAACAUUUUCCCACCGAAGUCGCAGAUCAAGCGACAGAAGAUGAUCUACCACUGCAAGUUUGGCGAGUUUGGCGUGAUGGAGGGCCAGUUCACGGAACCGAGCGGCGUCGCCGUCAACGCCCAGAACGACAUCAUCGUGGCGGACACCAACAACCACCGGAUCCAGAUCUUCGACAAGGAGGGUCGCUUCAAGUUCCAGUUUGGCGAGUGCGGCAAACGGGACGGCCAGCUCCUCUACCCCAACCGGGUCGCCGUGGUACGAACGUCCGGAGACAUCAUCGUGACGGAACGAUCGCCCACGCACCAAAUCCAGAUCUACAACCAGUACGGCCAGUUUGUGCGCAAGUUCGGCGCUAACAUCCUGCAGCACCCGCGCGGCGUCACCGUCGACAGCAAGGGCCGCAUCGUCGUCGUAGAGUGCAAAGUGAUGCGCGUCAUCAUCUUCGACCAGUCCGGCAACGUGCUGCAAAAGUUCGGCUGCAGCAAACACCUCGAGUUCCCCAACGGCGUCGUCGUCAACGACAAGCAGGAAAUCUUCAUCUCCGACAACCGGGCGCACUGCGUCAAGGUGUUCAACUACGAGGGCCAGUUCCUGCGGCAAAUCGGCGGCGAGGGCAUCACCAACUACCCGAUCGGCGUCGGCAUCAACGCCAGCGGCGAGAUCCUGAUCGCCGACAACCACAACAACUUCAACCUGACCAUCUUCACCCAGGACGGCCAGCUCGUGUCCGCGCUCGAGAGCAAGGUCAAGCACGCCCAGUGCUUCGACGUGGCCCUCAUGGACGACGGCAGCGUCGUGCUGGCCAGCAAGGACUACCGGCUGUACAUCUACCGGUACGUGCAAGUGCCGCCGAUCGGCUUGUAAAGGGAUGAGAACCUGCGUGCCAGCGAGGACGCAGCAGCAAACGGCCGUGGGCCGCCGCCGCGACGCCAUCCGGCCGCGACCCGGCCACGAAGAACCAUGACGAAGCGAAGCGAUUGAACACAGAAGAAGCGACCACCCCAAACCACACUCUAAGCCGUCGCCAUCUCGGCGCAGUGUGCGUGCGUUCCCCUAAACGGGUGUGCGUGCGCUCAGAUUACGGGACGCGCGCGCAAAGGAAAUCUCAAUUCGAAAACACAGCUCUCGGACAAAAAUUAGCCGCACCAAGGCCGACGAACUGCACAGCUGAACCGGAAGAACACGGUGUCGACCCCCGUCGGAUCGAAGGAGGUUACGUUAUCAACGGGCAGCUGUUUUACCCGCGUCGUAGUAGGCACGCCGAACUGGGCAACGAGAACACGCUCAAGACUCUGUCAUGGCCGACUUGGACGCAGCAACGCAGCAGCGCAAGAGUCAACCAACUGACGACGACGACGCCGACCAAACUGUCAAAAACGGGGACGACACGCACACACGCACGUUGCGCGCAAUUGUUUUAUUUUCUUGUCUGUGUUCAAACGUCAACGCAACGGACUGACAGUGUGACAGAACGGGAGAGAACGAAAAAUGAGAACGAGAGAGGAUGUAGGAAAAGCGGUUUUUAUACACAUAUUAUUCUUACAGUGCAGUAUUACUGAUUUUUUUUUGUUUUGUUUGUUUAACGUGUAAGGCCGUGUAAGAGGAGGAACGUUUUUCUUCCAGUUUUUUUGUCUUUAUUGUGUAUUGUAUAGAAACUAUUUCUCUCGUAUUUUUGUCAGUCGCGUGCUUUAGCUUUCUACAACACUAUUAUUAUUUGUAUGUUUGUUUUACUAUAAUGACUACUGCAAAACGACACGAUAUCAGCGCUAUUUGUAGAAAGUAUCUCGUUACAAGUGUAAGGACAAGUCGUCAUGUUUGUGUGUGUUUUUUGCUACAAUUACUCACUUUUACCUUAGCCGAUAGUCGCCUCUUUUUAGUUAUCUCAUUUUUUAUUAUUGUAUUUUUAUAUAUAAACUAUUAUUAUUUUGAUAUAUUAUUAUUGCAUUUAGAAACGACACCUUUUUAAAUUAAUAUUAUACACCUUUGUUGGUUAUGUUGAUUUUUGUUUUGUUAAAUUAUUACACUUAAGUUUUUGAGUUUAACGAGUGUUUUGAGAAACCAAACUUGUAACACGAAUGCAACAACAACAACAAACAAACAAAAGAGCGACUGCCGCGACAAAUACAACAUCACGAACGCGCACGCUCGCAGGAAAACAAGAAAAAACAAAUCUGUGUAUAUUUUUUAAAGCAACGAAAUUUGAGCAAUCCGUAAAUAAGUUGUAUAAGUGCGUUCUCAACACCCGUAAGCGUAAAAGCAAGCAAGCAUUUAGGGAUAACAUCGUCAUGUAAACGAGAAGCGUGUUUUUUCUUCUACGGUUUAAGUUAAAUAAAAACUGCAAACUUAAAGACACACACACACGGUUAGGACCAGCAAGGGAACACUGCAAAAAAGGGAUUGAUGUGAUCUGCAACUGUCAAAGUUGGCCGCGAUCACAUAAAGCUCCUUUUUUACAAGCAUACAUUGUUUUAAUUUUUAUAGAAAUAAACCUAGAAAGUUACUUACUUUUUUGAUUAUUUUUAAAUUAUAUACUAUUCGAUGAUUUAUUAACAAAACAAAAGAAAAAAACAAAAAUAAAAGAAUGAGUUGUUUAGAUAAUUUGAACCGAUCUUUUUCUUUUCACACCCAAUUGAACAUUCUUCAAAAAACUAAACUUCAACUCGCUUCUCUCCCUAACACUCUCGCCACUAACUCAAAUUUCCUUACUCUAAAAAAUAUCUCUAACACUACUAACUCAAAAACUUACUGCAAGUGUGGUUCCGGCAAAGCUCUGCGCCACGCUCGCGCCAACCGGUUCCCGAACCGGUUCGCCGCGUCGGCGGCCAUCUUUCCCGUUCGUUGACAGCGCCUGCGAUGGUACUAACCCGGUGGUGGCGGUAACCCUUGUCAAGGUCGGCAACCAAACGAGUUGCGCCAACAAAGAAGCAGAUGCGCGAUGACCGCCAUAGCUGUCAGUUUUUCGGUGAAGGUCGAUUUCGGUCUCUAUUCGUGCGCGUCAGUUUUUUUCGUUGCUGCUUCGCUUUUGCUGAUAUUGCAAUAACUGACCAUUCCUGUAAUAAAUUAUCGUCUCACGGUCACCGGUUUUUUGUGGGCGCGCGCGCGCCGAUUCGUCGAACGGAGUUCUGCGCGGUGUCGAAUUUCGCACCUCGCCGCCGCCAAGUGGCGGCUUGAAUCAGCUGAUUUUCGGGAGUACUUUACGAAAAAAAAAGUUGAAAGCGAAACGGGGCACGAGAAUUGGAAGUCUCACAUUGAAGCACCCCUCGUUUUGACAACACUGCGCAGCUGUCAAAAAGACACCGAAGCAGCGUUGCCAGUUCUCCACAUUCGAUCCCGGUAAGUGAGAAUCGUCAAAUUACCACCAACGAGUGUCGUUUUUGACGCAGGAAAUUCCUAUCGGAGUACCCCUCGCGUGGUCAAUUCGCGGGAAGCCACGUGCACUUGGAUCGCGAGGGGUAGGACACGUGAGGUGGGGUGGGGAUAAAUUCAAUCUAAUUCCACCGCGGCAACCGUACACCGUCUUCUUGGGAACGACCGCCGUGAGCUAAGAAUAGCUCGUGAUCUGGAUCGGCUUCGCUCUGGAGGACGUGAUUAAACGAGCGUAGAGUUCGAGCUGCUCCGAGUGCUUAUUAAGUGCUGUGCGAUUCUGUGAGAUUUCUCACGAUGAGCGGCGUAAUUCGAGGAAGAGCACCGGAAGUGCACUUGUCGACGAUGCCUUUGAUUUAGGACUAAUUAGAGGCGAAUUUGAGUCUCUGCGAAAUUUUGAGCAAAAUUUUCAUGUUCAUGAAAUUCAUCAACAACAUUCAUCCCAUCAACAAUUUUCUUUGAUCUCACUCAUGUUGAUUUUUACACUUCCUUUCACUCUCUCAUUCAUUCUCGAUGCAACUCAAUACCGCUUUUCUCACUCUUCUUCACACAUCAACAAACAAGAUUGAGCGAUACGAGUUCUGAGUAGCUAUCGUGAGUGUCAGUGACAGAAUAGGGAGUGAAAUUUAGUGAGGGAAUUUCAAAAUUUGCAUCGUUACCAAUAUUUUUGGUUUUCAUAAAUCGAUCUCAUCACCAUUUAUUUUAUCAUCUUUUCAUCAUUUUCAUCACCAUAUCAUCAUUUCCAUCAUCAUAUCAUCAUCACAUUAUUAUUUUUAUCAUCACCUUCAUCAUCACAUCAUCAUCAUCAUCACAAAUUUUAUUUUAUUUAAGCUUUUUUUUUGAAAAUGAUAAAAUCUGAUGAUUUAAAUAUAUUUAAAUGAAAACAAUGUUCGAUAAAAAAUAUAAACAAUCCAUCGCCAGCUGUUCUCCAAACCCCACUAAACGGUUAGUACCAUCGUCGCCGACCUGUCAAAAAAAUCAACAAAAAUUUACACUUUUUUUCGUAGCACAUUGCAUGCAUUUUUGUUUUGCUUUUUCCCCCUAGAUUUUUUUCAGUUUCAAGUGAGUACUCACGCCGCGCGACACCCAGUCCGAAAACUCUCACCGUCACUCAUUUUCGAUUGUUCUCUUCGCUGCGGCGGCUCUCCAUCUGGCCGGUGAGUAGUCCCACUUGUGUUACAUGCGCUGACAGCUAAACGACAACAACAAUACGAAGCAACACGAAAACGAAAAGUUUUAGUCAAAAUUGUUACUAGAAAUUCAAAAUUAGCUUGAAAUUGGCACCACAGUGUAAGCGAAACCAAAAAAAAUCAUGAAAGAAAAUUUAAAAAUUCAAAAAAUAGAUUAUUUUUCAUCCCGCUAGGUUGUGUGCACACGAUGAUAACACAGUUGAGAAAGAAAAGGGGGAGAAACAUGUUUAUUUUUGAUGCAAAAAUGUGUCAAAUAUCAUGUUUUUUAAACGGGGAAAAAGAUUCGAGGCGCGAUGCCGAUUUAUAUAUAUACAUUGUAUAGAAGAGUAUAAAACAAGAAAACCAAGUGAAAAUAACUAACACAAGACUGUCGUCCUUUCAUCUGUUUAGAGUUUUACCGACUAUAUUAUUGAAGAUUGCAGGCAGGAGUUAAGCAGAUAAAUACCUAGUAAGCUAAUGUGUUAAGCGUAAUUCAUACUCGUCUUUGAAGUUUUUCCUUAAAACAGCCAUUUCUAUCGUAGGGUAAGAGAGACUUGGAAUGGGAGAAACGAAGUAUCAGUAAUGAAUGUCAGUUUAAGUUUGGAUUAGUUUUCGCUUCGUACACUUCCGAGGGGAACGAAUCAAUCAAGCACUCAGAAAUCACACGAAAUAGUCAAGUGAAAAAAUGAUAAAAUAAAAAACGGUUUUGUUGACACAUGAACAAUCCUAGCAAGGAACUCGGUAGCGACAAAGCAAAAAAGCUCUAUUUUUCUACUGUCUUUAUAUUUCAUACGCGAACUAUUGAACAAACACAACAGUACCGUUUUGGGUUCGAUCAUCUCGUUUUUGGGCUAAGCCAAUGGCAACUAAGGGAACUAAACAUUUUUAGAGUGUAGUCGAAACAAUAUUACGUGUAGAUAAGUUUUUUUUUGUAAAAGAAAAUGUUGGCAGUUUUUCAAACAACUCACUAUUGUACUGACAGUGCUUUUUGUUGAGUGUAAUCUACGCACUCAUCCGCAGCUUUCUGUCAGAAAGUUGCAAGGGGUCUGGUUAUUGUUGAAACCCGCAAUAUUUUAAUCGCAUUCCAUCACACAAGAACUCAUCACCAUCACCGGGCACUCAUCACUCAUCACCACAGUUGUUUCCAUUCUCACCUCUAGUGAGCAUCACUCAUGGCACUCAUCACCAUUCUUUGCUUCGUUCGCCACGCGCUCAUCAAUCGCUCAUCACUCAUUGUCAUACUCUCAUACUCAUCAUUUUAUCAGUCAUCAAUUGAAGAACUCAUCAUCAUCUUGUACGUUAAAACACUCAUCUCAUUUACUCUCAUGAUUCAUACUCAUAACUCACGUUGAUGAGAACAAAAACUCAUCUCACUCACUCAUGACGUGAGUGAACAAAAUCAUCUCAUCAUCAUCCUCACAUGAGAAAAAAAAACUCAUUUUUCAUCACGCUCAAAAACAAACUCGAUAAACGCUUCAAGGUCGCCAGGAAUGAGUUGGGAAAAUUUUCGCGAUUAUCGCGAUGAGUUUUUACGACCAAAUCGAAUCAUUUCGGCGGCAGUAGGCUAAUGAGCAGACUGACCUUCACCGGAGAUAUGGAUUUAUCACGGCCCGGCCACCACAACCCGUUCGGUGCAAGAUGACGAAUCUCUUUCGCUGGCGGGACCACUGACACUGACCCAGUGACUUGGAUGUUUUUUGCGCAAAUCCAUGCUACUCGUGAGAGUGAGGUUUUGUUUUGUCAAAUCGAAUUGAUUUGAUAAACGGUUUUUGUUGUCAAACAAAAUUGCCCGUUUUAAAGCGAUUGGAGAAACGUCCAAGUGACGUUUGAAGUAUCACAAUUUCAAUCAAUUGCAAGAAGCUUAAAAAAUCACAGUCUCAUCUCAUCCAAAUCUUUGUCAUCUCACAAAACAAAACAUUGUCAUCUCAUCAUAAUCACUCAUUCCACUCAUCACGCGCUCACACACAUUGUUGUUGUUUUAACACCCCGCUCAUGAUCAUCUCACCACUACAUGCAAAACCAUCGCCAUCAGCUUACUUGCCGUGCGUUAUUACAGUUUAACAAACAAAAAAAACAAUCGUUAUUGGAAUUCUUGUUAUGCAUUAAACCAGAACCGAACAAUGUUAGCGUUAAAAACAGAAAAAAAAUCACAAAAAAAUCAACAAAAUAUCAAAUUUACUCGAAAUGAGAGGCCAGCUGAUGUUAUCGAAAACAAUCGACGUGGUGUGCGUGAGCGCGGAAGGCAUUGUUGUUAAACAAUGCAAAAAAUGUUAUGAAAAAAAGAGGGAAACAUUGAACCACCAAGCUUUUGGCGGGAUUAUUGUAAUUUUAAGAAACUUCCAUCCAAGUAGUGCAUGCAAAUUUUUGUUGAAAUUGCAUAUAUUUAGGGAAGGAAGUGGAGGGAAAAAAUAUUGUGUACAUUUUUUAAUCGCAGCAUUCCAUGAUCUCUCGUUCGUGUGUAAUCCCUUGCAGUGGAAAACUUGUCCUAGCUAGCUAGAUUAUCCGUAGAGUGACUUUUUCCCCCGAAUACAGACGAGAAAAAAUGACAAUUGUAUUAAAUUUAAAUUUUUCGGUAGCGAUAAAUGAGCACACGUGUAUAUUUGCAUGAAUGUUAAAUUCUUAAACACACACACACGAACAGCAUGUAAACAAACUGUUUGACAGAUGAUAGUGUCAUGUUUGUAAUGGAAACCAAAUGGCCAAAAUUUCAAGUGCACGUAUUAUUUUUAGGGUUUUAAUUUUGUUUAACGAAAUAAACUGUGAAUGAUAGCGCCGAAAACAUAUUUAGGGAAUUUAAGCCGUAGUUGAAGCAAAACUCAAAAAAAACAUUCACUAUUAAAACAACUGACACAAGGGAUAUACUAACAAAACGACUUGUAACGGGAUCGUAUUGCGCGGGCAUUUUUUACUAGAAGUUUUUAUCUCAUAUUUAUACACACAUACACAAGGAUCAACGGAUGGUAGCCAACAUACACAUAAACACUUACAAAAUAAACAAACAAAUAAAUCAAACGCAUACACCACCACUAUUUCAGCACACCGAGUGCGAGUAUUGUAAUGUUUUAUCGUGUUUUUUGUACAGAAUCAAAAUCUAACCAAAAACAAAAUCCUGCAGACCUUAGGCGAUUGUCGUCAGUGUGUAAAAAAAAUGUGUCGAUGUAAUUCAAGCAAUUUAGUUAAGACGAGAGCAACGCUUAAAAGCUAAACAGUUAAUUUUCUUCCACUAACAAGCCCUCGUGAAGUACGGUCGAAACGUCGAUCUCACAAGCACAUGCUUGAGUCUCAUUUGAUUGACAACGCUUCUUGUGUUGGUGUGCGUGAAAGCUGUCAAAACGCUCGCUACACGCACGAUCAAAAUCAUUCAGUUUUCGUCGUAACCGAACAAAGUAAAUGGGGAAUCUGACAGAUUUGAGUGAAUUUCACUCACAAUCACCAAGAACAUUGAGUGAAAUUUACUCAAAUGUGACAGAUUGACGGCCCGGUUACAACGAAAACUGAGCGAUUUUGAACGUGCGUGUAAAUUGCCGAAAAAGCAAUUAUCAAAUUUCGGCAAAUGGGUCGCCAAACCAAAACAAAUUAAACUUUUUUUAAUUAAUCGGUUGAUGGAAUUACCAUAUGAGUUUGUGUGCGGCUUGGCGCGAUUUUGGCCAGUAAACAAAUGCUUGAGAAAUCUUUGCGAGAUGGUUUCAAGUGGAGUCCACUUGAAGUGAAAUCGCGCCCGGACCGCACACAUUCUCACACUCGCAUUUUUAAACAAUCUUGACAUCGAAGAGCUUGGUGCGAUUGAUUAGCUUUAAACGGUUUUAAGCCGUGCAUUUGUAGCGAGUAAACAUUUAGAACAGGUCACACACUUGGAAAAUGGCGAAACACCACUUCACACACACUUACAGAAAACAAAUUGAAAUCCAGUCCAGGCCGUGCAACAAAGAACCAAUAAACCCACACCAGCGCAUCCACCACAUGAUAAUUACAAUCACGCACAUCUACACCGCCGGAGAAAAUCCGCACUUUCCGUUUCCAUCGGCGGCUUUUCCUGGGGGAAGAGGACGCGAGGGGAUCUCCACUCUUCCAUCUGCGGUCGAUUUGCUAGAAUAAAUAAACAUUUCACGCCCAACUGAGCACACAUCCAGCGCGGUGCCAAAGUCCAGCAGUGUUCCCAGCUACGUUUGAGUUUUCGUUAGAAUCCCAUGCAGCAAAAGUGACUUGAACUCAAAAUUGAGUAAUUUAAGGUUAAGCGUGCAACGUUGACGGCUCCGGUUUGGCAACCCUGUUGCGCGAUAUCGCGCAAUCAGCCCAAAUUUGAGUGUACACACUCUGCUUUUGACACGUUCUAGAUCUCCAGUCCGAUUUGGGCACACACAUCGCGUCCAGAACAUCGGAACGAUAAAUUAUUUCUGCUCACGCGCUCGACGAUGACCCAAUCCAAGGGGGUGGCCACUCGGUGCAUCCGCUCUGCAUAGACGAGAAAUAAAGACGGGUUGUGGGUUUUUACGGCUGUCAAAGUGACAGCAGCCAAAAUUUGUUAUUGUUUGGUUUGAGGAGAAUCAGAAAAUUCCCGAUUGUUUCGCUCCAGUUCUAUGUCCCAACGACCACACCCAACUUCUCAUUCUCGCCGCGUCCACGUGUGACUUCCGGCCGUUUGCGGUUUCCUUCGGCGAUGUCGUUGCCUUUCCCUUUCGGCAGCUGCAGACCGGUUUCGCGUACCCAACCGCACCGGUGCCGACAUUAUCCAAGCGGCUUCGGCGACAACAACAACAUGACGUAACAAUUGCACGCCUCGUGUCUGGCCGGCAAAAGUGUGUCACGAUACGCGCGGUUCAGAAAGUGGUCCAAAGAGGGCCCCCAAGACCAGCCGCCGCCGCCGAUCCGAGUAGGCUAAGCACCACUUCCUCUCCCUCUUCCCGACCACACUCUCUUUUCCCUUUCUUUUGCGGCACUUUCUUCCAAGCCGCGUCGCGGCCUCAUUUCGCGCGUCUGUUUUGACUUCUUUCUUCGCAACAAGCCCCUCUCCCGUUCCCCGCGAUCCUCCGGCGGCUGCGCCAGUCGAUUAUAACAUUUCGCCUCACCCCUUUUUCAGUGAAAGUAAAAUUUCCUAACUUCUUCUUUAUGCAUAAUACCGGCGAAGCCGGUUGCUCUUUCUCUUGUUGCUUUCUUUUCUUUGAUUAAGCGUGUUCUUAAUUUGCGCUCGGAGAGCGCGCGCGCGAGAGCGAUUCGCCGCUCUCUCUCAAAACUGACAAGCCGCGCGGGCGGCUGAACUGUCACGGCCUACUCGCUGAUGCAACGGCUACGCCCUUGCGGCGGCGGCGGCUGUUCUUCAACGGUACUAAAGGUGCAAAUUAAGGCGCCCAAACAAGAAAUUGUAUAACCUCAUUGCGGACUCGCUGAUCCAGUGACAGAGUUCUGCGCAGCAGCUGCCGGUUGAUUUCCGCGUCCAGCUUGAGCGUGUUUUCGGCGGCCGUCAGACACCGAUAUUGAUUUCGUCAGAGUCUGGUUGCAGCUGCCUGCUUGUUGUUGUGUACAAGGCGCGAUCCCUGCGGGGCUCAGGGUUGACUCCGUCUUGGCAUUUGGCGGCUGUAUCUCGGGGUCGCCGCCGGGUUAUCUGCAGAUGGUGAGAUAGCCGACGACACCCCUGACGUGGCACGCGACCGUUGCAUGAAUGCCCUUUUUCCUCCAGCAAGCUUGCUGCGCGCACAGGCCAAGUCUGUAGCUGACGUAAUUCCACACAGCCCACAAGCAGCUGUGCAACAACUGUACCGCUGCACGAAACGUGACCGAUCUCGAGUGCGUAGGCUCACGCUGGCUGCUUUGGAGGAGAGAUCGCCAAGAAUGCCUCGCAAAGGCCAGGUAUUGCACCACCGAAAACCUCGAGAUCAGCUGUGGCAAUCAACCGGUAUCAGCGGAACCUUCGGCGGAAUUGAGGACAGUGUCAACCCGAUUGACAAACAGUUUGAACUUCUGCAGCCGUCAAGACAAAUUUCCAUAUUUCAUCUCUCGAUGCAGAACACGCGCCAGUCGCCACCUCGCUCCCCGCGAUCACUCUCGUUUUCUUGUUCCAAAAUGUCGUCAACAAUCAACAGCUGAGUCGCCGCGGCAGAUUCUCGGCCGAAAAUAUUGUAAUUUUCUGCCCGCGCCCCGGUGAUCACCAAUUUGUCUCCCCUUGCUUCGGUCAUCGUCGCCUCGAAUCACGACCGUGGCGGCCGCCGAACUUGAAAUUCCAGUUUUGGACUGUUUUAUUAUUGUUUCGUCCCACCACCUAGAAAUAGCUUCGACAACCUACGCCGAUCAGCGCUGGUGUCCUGUGUUCUGCAGCGUCAUCUCUCGAUCUUUCCUUGAAAUACCACAGAUUAUUGACCGCGCGCUGGCUGAGCUCACGCCCCAUGCAACCCGUGGGAACCUCCCCGAAGAACGCGCGAUCGCCCAUUAAUCUGAGCAGAAGAUCCGUCGUCUUUUGCGUCGUUAAGGUUCCUGGAAAGGGGUCUCUCUGCCUGCACGUAUACGAGGCUGUUCCCCCCCUGAGAGGUCAAUGGUAUUUACACACGACGAGGUGUUCCCCGCGGUCACUUAACCUCACUUCCACGAGGAUCGCGCGCGCACCUAUCUCUACACAGAAGAGGAAGGAGAAUUGCCGACAACAGGGCAGAGACCGGCGCGGUCGAGCAGAACUUGUUCAAACAAGGUCCACCACCGCGGAAGUCGCUGACCUGCAUCACGUCAAUGAUCUCCGAUCGCUGGACAAGGUGGUGAAGCGCGGUGCGACGCGCCGGCAUCAACUCGGAACUUGUUCUCCAAGCGCGAACUCGCUCAGAACGAGAUCGCAACAGUCAGUGGACGAAAGAGUGCGACGGAGAACGUGGUAAAUAUAAAUCUACCUUCACAUCUGUCUGCGUCACUGCGCGACCCCGCAGAACCUCAAACUCUGGAUGUGUCUCCACUUUGAGCGAGUCAUGUUCGGGUAUUGCGAGUUACUCACCACGCGGUGGAUUACUCUCCGCGGCUAGACCGCCGCCGCACAGUUUGCGCUUUAUAUGGGUAACGACUUUUCGCUUUUCUUCCUGUUCCCGUCAUCGUCAUCGCCGCAGUCAUCGACUCCAGCCGUGUGAGUGAUCAUGAUGACGGCGGCGACCGGCAAACAGAACCCGACCGAAUGCGAAAUGACAGAACAACAACAACAACCAAGAGAAUCGAGCAAAGAGGUGUGCACGCCGAAACGAAGAAGAGUUUGAAAAGGGGAGAUUUCUGGCCGGCGAUAGCGUGAUAGAACGCUCUUUGCAUGUGUGUUUUUGUGUUUGGUGUGUAUGUGUGAGGAGAUGGUGCACGGACACGGUCCGGGUGUGAUUUUGUACGUGCUUCAAUUCUUUCUUCCUUGGACGGACCGGCGUGGAACCUGGAGAAUAACACUGCGAAAGAAGCGGUACGGUGAGAUUUUGGAGUCGUUAGUGGUCAAAAAUCAAAUAGCAACCGUCAAACUUUGACAUGACAGAACUACAUAUUCACCUUAAUUUUCCGUUUUCACCUUAAUCAAACUGUCAAAAAAGAAAGGAAUGUUGAUGUAAACAAAAGUAUAGCCGUUUUAAUUCAAAAUUUGCCCAUCUAAAUCGCAACAACCCACCGUGUUCCUUCAAUCCCGGCGCAACAAGCCAUUCCUGCCAUUCAGUUGCUCACCUCGGAUUACGCGAGGCCAUCGUGAGGUGAACGAAUUUUCCCUCGCCACAACUUGCCUCUUUCCCUCUCUGGAUCCUCCAUCACUUUUCUUCCAGUGUUUUUCCAUGCCGAAACUAUCAACAUUGAAGUGUGAGAGCUGCACCAGGCAUUACUCACGCAGGUUAUGUUUUUGGUGAACGCAAGAGGAAGGUUUCUAUUUUUGAAGCAUUCCAUGCACCCUUGCACCAGGGCACAAUUUGAGUUAUGGGCGAGAAACUAAUUUGUACAAAAUUUACGGGGAAGUGCGCGAUCACUUCCAGCAUCCAUCCAUCUUGCGAGGACAGUUUUAGGAUCAGUGGUGGAAAAAUCUUAUUCGAGAGAUGCUCAUUCUUCGUUUACUCACCGCUUACUUGUGAGCGAGCAAAAGUGAAACGUCAGAAACCGUUGAUCGAAUAUCCAAUCAUUGUUUGUAAACAAUCAAAUUUUGUAGCGGGGAUUCAUCCCAGAAUUCUCAUGGGUGAACAUCUUCAGCGAGCAUUACCAUCGGUGAGCAACUUCAUCUCUGCUCACCAGAAAUCCCCAACUACGCUCAUCAGGAAAUUUGUUUGGUCCAUUUCUGGUCUGCCGCGCGAGGAGACUUGCGGAGAAUAUUUAUUAGUCCGGGCGAGAUUAAACGCGGGGAUCACACAGACAGCCACUCGAACGAGGUUAAUUUGUGUGAGAACGGAAAAUUUAUGCUCAUCCUCAACCUCCUCACGUUCCUUCCUCUCUGGUUCUGACGUUUAGAAGGUUCUGUCAGCACCUCCGGUGAUUGGUUCGCUGCGACUACUGCUCUAAUUGGGUCAACCGGAUGGACGCUGGUCUUCGAUUCGAACGAAUCAAUUCAGCGCAAGACUUCCGGUGUUUAGUUGAGGUUUCUAUUUUUCGACGAAUUGGAAUGUAUUAUAAGGGGAUUACGGCUAUUUUAAAUCGAUUUUAUAACAACUAGACUUGUAUACGAUGUUGCAUAAAGCAAUAUCCCUAAGAAAAUUCGUAAAAAGAGCUCAUUUUGAUCAUACUUAUUGUGAACAUUCUCAAGCUGCUAUAGAAAUUCAAAUUUUUCGAUAAUCUGCAUCGAAAGAAGCGAUUUUUCAUCCAUUUGCGUCUUGAGAAAAGUUGAAGGAUAUGUUUGUUUUGCAAGCAGUAAUCUGAUCAAACUUUUCAGCACCCUCAGCAUACGUCAAAUCUGAACAGAGUGCAGUUGCAUUCGAAUGAGCGAACCCGAAUUCGCUAGUUGGAACGAUUGACAGCUGUCAAAGGCUUGAAACCACUUGCUCGGAAAUCAUCAGUUUGACAGCUGGUUGUCACGUUUGAGUUGUUUGAUUCGAUUUCGUUCGAAUUAGCGAACUUUCGAAGUAGCGAAAUUCGAAUUAAUGAAUCCACUCUGUAUUGAAAUAAGCUAACUCAAAAGCACUUUUUUCAAGCUCAAAAUUUAAAGAUAAGAAAAUCGAUUAACUGUAGAUCUUCGCCGGUGGUCCAUUCUCAACCAGAAAAAAAACUGGUUUGUUCUACUUCAUCUACCCAAAACAAACCCCAGAAAUGUGUGUCAACUUUUGUCCGACAUUUUUGUCGUACCCCUUACCUUCGACCUCACUUCAACUCGGUGCUUUCCCAAAUCCAGCUCAAAUCUCAAACUUUAAGUGACCAAACGAUCCUAAAUAAACACAUCUUCGGGACAAACAUCCCGACUCGGAGGGAUUCCCGGGGAUGAGCCGCGACUAAUGUCCAAUGUUUUGAAAGGUUUUUCCCUUUUUCUCUCUUGUUCUCUUUAUUUUGAACAAUUUUGAAUAAUUUAUUUCCUCCAGGGGCUCAGAAGACUACGGAAAAAGGGAAGGUGAAUCGAAGGAAAGUUCUUUCACAAAACAAAAACAUCAAAAAGGGGGAAUAAGUGAUUCCGAGCAGCCAUAAAAGAGUUCAUAACUGACACUUUCUCUACACUGAAAGAAAGGCACAUAGUAAUGUCACAUGUUUUACACAUGAAUCUGCCCCAUUCGACUUCGCAUGUGAAUGUCAUGUGUAAAUCACAUAGAAAUUUUUCAUUGCGGAACCGGUAAAUUCAAGUGAAAUUCUCAUCGAAAUGAAAUGAAAAACACGUGAGAUUCACAUGUAAUCACACAUGAUUAUCACAUGAAAUUCUUUUGAAAAUCAAAUGGAUAACACGUCACAAAAUGCGUUUUUUCAGCAGGUUAAAAUAUUUAAUCAAAACAGAAAUCUUUUUCAAAAUUAGUAUUUUAUUUAUCAUAUUGUAUUGUAUUUUAAUAACUAUAACACAACAAAAUCACAUCUCGGCAAUGCCGGCCGGAUCGCACUAACACAAAAAAAAAUCAACAGCAAUUUCCUUGCUUUGCCGCAUCGCCUCUUGCUGUUCCUCCGUCACUGGUCAAUGGCCACCGAAUUUUCCUCCGAGCCCUUUUUGGACACUGUGCGCACUCGAAACUUUAUCAAAAUUCGAUCCACUGCGGUCUUGAUACUCUAGAACUCGAUUUCCUGAAAACAUAAAGAAAAACUUUUUAGCUAAGCAUUUUUUUUUUAUUAUAAUGAAAAUGCUUACCGUGUUAAAAACGAUUCCUCAUGAAGUUUGUUUGUACAAUCUUAAUUUUAACAAAUUUAAACUUUUUGGCCUCGGGACGAGCUCCGCAAGUGCCUUUCUCCUUCUCGCCAUCUUGCUUAAUGAA